AUGCCAAUCGGAAACUCCCAAGAUAACGGCGUAACUGGCGCCGCCAAAUUCGCUACCUCAACCGUUGGCAAUCUCGUUGGAGGAGUCGGUCGCACUGUCGGCGGCGUUACUGGUGCUGCCACGCGAGGUGUCGGUGAUACUAUUACCAGUGCUACAGGGAGUGCUGGGAAGCCUAUUGGAGAUGGGCUAAGCAAUGUCGGGACCGGACUUGAGGAUGGAGCAAAGAACGUUUCGAAGGGCGUUGAAAAUGCUGGGCAGUGGAAGUCUUGA